GUUGUGGUAUUAGAGGCUGGAGAAAUACUGAGCCAAGUUUGUGAGUGAUAUAUUCAAUUAUGGAGAGACCUUGACACGUUCACUUCCCCAAGAUUAGCCAAUGCUGACAGUAUUGUCAAGGUCCAUAACCUAUCAAUAUGUUCUGGAGUAUGGGUCAAGUAACCUUGUUGUCAUUGUUUUUGGUAGGAAUGUGACAACCGAGUGAUGGCUGGAACAAUAGCCACAAAGUGAAACAGACAAGGAUUCAAUUACAGGUGUGAAGUGGAAGGUAUUGCAGGACACUGAAGGGCACUGGACCAGGUCACUAACUGUGAUUGACGCUUGCAUGGUUCUCACACCCGCAAUACACAGUGCUAAGUGCUGUAAUGGACGACAUAACCACUAAGUGCUUGACAUCCAUGGAUGACUUGACUGUAGAAAUGUGUGUCUAGUGGGUGUCCCACUGGGAGGCAGACAGGGAGUGUCCAGGACCAGAUCAUCAGUUACAUAUGCUCUAUCCUACUCUCCUCACAAGUGGGUGAUAAUGAUGUGAGGAGCACAUAAAAUCUCUACACCUGAGAUCCUCACCCAGUGCAACUCUCUGGUCCACAACAGGUGGGGAAGUAGCCUAAAAUCCCCGAUCAGUGAAUGUGAUUUACAGGUACAGAUUUGAGAUAGACAAUGAUGUCAACCUGGAAACAGAAGAACUUGAUCACAAGGAAAAGAAACCAUGUACAGGAUGCCUUAGAGAAGAAGGUAGAAGAGUUGACACGGCAGCUGGCUGAUGAGAAACAGUCAUCACGUCGUUCCGUCGCCAAACUACAGCGGGAAGUUGCCAGACUGAAGAGUGAGCGCAGCUAUGCACAGCGCGGGGAGUCGCGGGAGGGACUGAUGAAGGAGCUGGAGAGGGAGAGGAUGCUGAGAGUGGAUGCUGAGCAGCGGCUCCUGGAGAUGAGGUUGGAGAGUGACUCCUGCCGCUCCAGGCUUCAAGCUCUGCAGGAGGAGUUCAAAAAAAUGGAGGAGAUGGUGAGGAACAUGCUGCAGUACAAGAGCAAGAUUGACCAGCUGAAGCAGGAGAAGUCCAACCUCUCCAUCACAUACGAGACAAACCUGCAGAAGUACAGCUCCCACAUCAGCACCCUGGAGCGGGAGAACAUGGUGCUGCUCAAUGAGGUGAAGAAACUGGAGGCGCAGCUGUCAAGCAAGGGAGAUGACCAGGACAAAUCCAAGCUACUGCUGCAGAGACUCAAGAUGCUGGAGGCAGAAAACUCUGCCCUGGUGCUGGAGAAUGAACAACAACGACACCAAUAUGAGAAGUGUCUUGAUGAGAUAGCAAACCAGGUUGUACAAGCACUUCUUGCACAGAAGACACUGCGUGAAGAGUGUAUGAAGCUGCAGGGCCGUGUUCAGGACCUGGAGCUGCAGAACAGGCAGCUGAACGUCAUGUUCCAGCAGAAGCUACGAUGUGCCUCCGACUCCAUAGUGCAGCAAUCUGUGCCUUCUCGCAAGCAGCUUGCUCCAGUCCAGGUUUGUGAGGCAGCAAAGUCCAACACCACCCCUGUCAGUAUAACAGCCAUAGUACACCCACAAUCUCAGCAGCCCCGGCACAUCACACAAACAGCUCGCCCUCAAGCAGCAGCAGCACCAGCAGGGGGUAAAGGGGAGACAACCCCACCAACACUGGAGAGGUCCACGGGUUCACUUCAGAGCAUGUGUAGUGAAUAUCUGUUUGAUGAUAGUCCUGGUAUGCCCGAGAUGAGUUCUCCUCCCCCUUGGCUGAGAGAUAAGCUGGACUUGCCCUUGACAGAUGAAAGUCGGCCCAGUUCUUCUGACAACAGUCCUGUGACCCCCCCUACCCCCUCCCACACAGAGUCCAUUGCAAAGGCCAGCAGCAGCCCAGCAUUACAGACAAAAAUAAAAACAGAAUUCCCAGCCAAUAAUUCUAGUCCAAAGGUGAAACAUGUCACUGGACUUGAAAGAGGCUGUCAGUCUCUAGAUCGGAUUGGUGUUGCUAGAAAGUCCCCUAGUAUCAAAAACACAACACGUCCUCAUCGAAAACCUAAAAGUUUAGGGAAGAAGUCAUCCAGUGAGAAGAAUGUAAAUGCUGAAGGUGCUGCUAACAAAGCACAAGUUUUGCCCCCUCCAUCUCCACGGACCAAGUCUCGAAUACCAAGCAGGGUUCCAACACUUACAGCCAAUCAGGGAGCUCGGAAAGGGUCAGGUGACCACACACCCGAGCAGAAAGUGCAAGGACCAAAACACAAUACACCUCAAAGUUUCCAUGAUCUCAUGUCACAGAGGAAAAAAGCACUCUCUCGGGAUAAUUCUCCUAAAUCUGUCAACUCAUCAAGACAAUCCAGUGACUCUCCCCGACACACGCUGCCAUUUCGCAGUCAGUACUAUUAUGACUACAGUGAUGAGGACAGUGACUCCCGACCAGUGUCUAGAGACUCUAGCACCGCCUCCACUGUCUCACUCAAUGAUCUCUUGGAUAGUAGUUUAGACAUGGACAACCCUCUCGAUGAGGACUUCCUUUCUGACUGGUCUCCAAAUUGUCUGUCACCAAAUAGCCUCAACACACCUGCCUCAGGCCCGAGUCAGAUUCCUGUUAUGACAAAGGGGAUGUUCUACCACUAUGCCAAUCCAACACGAUCUUCACCUAAAACUGUCAAGUCAGGGCCAUAUGCUGAUAUUAUAGUAAAAGAUGGCUCAGCAACUGUGGUGAAAAGUGAAGACGGGUUUAGUGGGUGUAAACCUCUUAGACCAGAUAACCUUAUUCUUGUGCCAAGAGAAAAACAGUUUUCUUGUGGAUUCAGUUCAUCCAGCUCUUCGAGCACUGAGGAACACAAGUCUUUGAUCAACAGUGUCAAACGUAACGUAAGUAGUGAUGCCAAGGGGAAAAAUAGUGAGCAGAAGUCAGAGAAGGGAGGUAACCCUCAGAAAGUUGAAAAACAUGACAGUAUGGUGAGAAAAUAUCCAGCAAAUGUUGCUGGAGAUAACAAGAACUGCAUUGUUGCCAAUGUUUCUCUUCUUGUUAGUCCACCCGGGAAAUUUAAAAAAUCACCACCACCUGUGCCACAAAAACCUCCAAGGUUACGUAAAUUAUCUAGUGAAGAUCAGUGUCAAGGUCGCACAGACAAGAAGGGUAGUGGACUGAUCAUGGACAAAGAUGGAAUGCCAUUUUUGAGUGAAAAUUUGACUGUUGAAAAACAGAAAGAUCUCGCUGCGUUUCUUGUCCAGGAUGUAAUUGAACGUGUGAAAAGCAGAGAAGUGUUGGCAUACCAUCAAAAGGCUCCAUCUUCUGACACUAGUUUCGAAAGUGUCCGUGUAGAACGCUCUGGAAGUAAAGAUGAUGGAUAUUCCACUAUGUCUAGUGACAUUCAGCCAGAGAUUUUAGAAAAAUUCAGUGAUGCUGCAGCACAAAAAGUUGAAAUUCUAUUUAAAUGUGAACAAGUAAAUGAGAGUGACAUUAGUUCCACAGCUGAAUGUAGUACUAUAAAGACAAAGGAUGCAUUCACAGAUGUGAUGAGUGAUCACGACUCUGCCAUGGAGACAUCCACACACAGCAUGGAGCUGCGCAACUCCAACCAGAGUUUGUCCUCACAAGUGUCCUCCUCCAGCUGCGAGAGUGCUGUCAGUCCUGUCCUUAAGGUCAAUGACAUGAAAAAGUUUUUCGAGGAGGAGGCAAAGAAACUUAAAGGUGCUAAACAGCUAGACGCUUCCAGAUCACCAAUCAUAUCUCCCAAGAGUCCAAAGAAACGCUGGCCAUUUGAUAAAGACAGACAUGCCAAAAGCCCUAAUUCCUCCAAAUCUAUGCAACAGGCUCUGGAAGUAAAUGGCUCUGUUCCAGCUAAAGAUCCUGCUCAGGAUGAUGGGUCUGUCCCAGCAGCAGAUAUCAUCUUCCAAAAUUUCACCAGUGUGACGGAAAAUUCCAUCUGUGACCAUGCACUGUCACUGCACAUCAGUGAAGACAAGUUGUUGGAGGAUAUACCAGAGGAUGAUGAGUGGGAAGCUAUUCACAACAAAACUGUGCAAGAAAGUGUUGCCAUGCAAAAGAAUAGCCUCAAGUCACACCUUCAAAAUUCCAUGGAAAACAUGUCCAGCAAACCUCAACCUUUCACUCAAAAACUUCCUUGUUUGCCACCGUUAGAUUCCACAAAGUAUACAUCGACCAAACUUCCUUCAUUGUGCCUUACCAAGGCUAAGUCAGACUCCGAUCUGUCCAAUGCUGGACAGAGUAAAUCUACCUCUCUGUAUGAAGACUUCACGCAAGGAAACUGGGACAGUGGAAAAGUUCCAGAACGUUCAGCAUCAGUCUCAGAGAUGGAUUUCCAGCCAGUGCCAUCUACUGGCAGCAACUGUGAUUACCAACGCCAAGUUGUACAAAUUGACAUCGAUGAAACCUCCGUCCUAUACAGGGUACAUGACAUAGUCAAGGAUCACUGUCAGUCAAAGAUGUCUCCCGCCCUGGUGUCAGACUCGGACACUGACUCUGAGGCUCAGAUCAACUUUAUUGAAUUACUGAAACAGAAAAGUGAGCGACCCUUCACGCUGCCCCCAUGGACGCCAAAACACACCAUGGAUGAAUUAAAGAAGAGCUCUACCCCCUCCCCAGUGUCGAUGAAGAAGUUUGAUUCUUCUAACCCUGAAGAUUGGCUACUGAAGUUCAGCAAAGAUGAAAUUGAAAAACACAUUAAAGGUAGUAACCUCCAAGCCUCUUCACAAAAUGGCUGUGCAGAGGAUGAUUGUCUGAACAAUAUCAGUGGUAACCUUUCAUCGGCAGAAGCCAACAUUUCGAACAGUUCCACAGUUGCUCAGGAUGGGUCCUUCACUGCCCCUGAGACAUCUAAUGGUACACAUGAGGGGGCAUCGAGUGAGGAUAGUCCACGAUCACCACCAUCAGAAGAGCAGACCAAAUUUAACAGCAAUUUCUACAGCCUCUGCAACAUGGGCUCCAACAGAAGUCUCUUCUCCAAUGGGAGUCAUGAUCGGGGGAUUAACAAACUUGGUCCACCUGAACUAGAGAGACCAAGAGUUAGAAAAAAUGCUGGAGAGGAGAAUAUUGAAUCCAGGGAAUUUGAAGAGAUUUCAAGACAAAUUGCCAACUUAUCCAAAACUGUGAAUGAUUUGCAUAAAAGUUUAUCAAGUUUGAAUUCUGCUGAUUCUGGAUCCACCAACGAACUUCCAGGAUGUCCUCCUCCUGCCAAUCAAACCACUGCUCAGCCUUCAGCUGCACUUGAUGGCUACCACUGGGUGGAUGAUGAGUUUUACAUGGCAUCCUGUGGAGGAGAGGUCAUCAUAGGGAGCACAGAAUUACUUGCUGAAGAGUCUACCAACUGGAUGGAUGACUUUGAGGACAAUGAUGGUGCUACGUGUGACCUGGAUACUAACUGUGAGAUUCGAGAGGAGGAAUUCUAUGAGAUUCAGGUGAAUGGGACAUCAUACACAGACCUGCCAGGAUACACAUACUCAGAGAAUGGGGCUGCCAGUACCAGAGUUUAUCAUGGCAAUAAGGCCUGCAACGGGGAUAAGACCAGGCUCCCAAAGAGGCAUCUGUCUGACAGCCACAUGGCUGAUCCUGAGAAGCGUGCCGACAUCCUGGACUCCAUGCUGGCAUCAGGUGGGGAGAGUAAUGACAGCCUUGCCAGUGACAUUGGUUUGGACCAUGUGAUGUGUCAACGCCUCAUUGGCCGCAGGAGACAAGCUCGCCAUGAAGUGAUGAGGUACCCGUCAACCCACCGCCCUCCUCUUGACUUUUCCAAGUUCUUCAUUAGAUAUGGAGAGCCUGAACAACAAGCUGUGGCUGCUUUCGAUUUUCUCGAGGACCUUUCUACUUCUAACUCUGAAUCUGGCUCUCUCCCAAGACUGAUAGCUCUGGACAAUGUUGAAGGCAAUGAGGAACGUUCUGAACAUUGUCGCGGACACAGAAGUCGUCAGAUAAACAUGAACCAUGGUCAAGGACAACCUCUGGAAGGUCACAGAUUAGAAAACCAAAAGAUAAUAACAACCUCGUCAGGAAGGGUAAGACGGGUGGACAAGAAUAAGCGGAAAAAAAGGGGAGAUGCUAUGAAAGCCCGGAAGCAGCGGGAGAACAAUUCCCGUAUAGGCAUGGGACAAGCCUGUAGAGCUGACUCACCCCAGCAGCAGGACUCCUCGGAUGCAGCAGUCAGUGCAGGCAACUUAUCACUGAGUGACUCUUGCUGUGAGGGCUUCUCCAACCAAUGACCUGACUAUGUUGUGAGCCAAAUGGCUCACUGGGGUAUAUAGUCAGGGAUCCUUAUCUUCCACAUGCAUUCACACUCUUUUGGUGCCAGGAUGUUAUAUAGAUUACAUAUAUACACAAAGUGUUUGCAAGGGUGUACUGAGUGAGAGGCUAGUUGUACAGGACAGGGAUAUGUAGACAUGACAUCUUUUAUUCUGCCAAUAUCAUUAAUUGUUUAUUGAUUUUAUACUUCAUUAUCAAAAGUAUAGAAUAACAAAUAAUAACAAAAUAUAUUACUGUUCCCAUUGGCAGCUUACAACCAUCCAUAGGGAACCAUUACAGACUAUUUCAUGGUUGUAAUUUUGUACUGAGAUAUUUUUGCUAGUCUCAAAAUAACUUUGAGUAGACUAAGGUUAGUGACAGAAUAACUUCAAGUUUCAUGUUGGCAGUAUUUGUCACCAAACUCAUACAGCUGCAGACUUUACUGGCUUGUAUUUUCUGUAUACUUAACAUUAAAUGACUUUGAGUCACCGGAGCUUAUCAUCAGGUGCAUACGGGUGCCAACUGGAUCUACUGGGACAAGCUGUACAUAUCUAUAUACACAUGCCAUUUCACCUGCUAUAUCUGGUUGCCCACGUGGUCCCCGCUGUCCAGUGUAGGGAAGGACACACUCCUCAAACAUCUGUAAAUCAUCUGCAUCAUUAAAGCAUUAGUUACAUGGUACAUGGACUGUCGAUCACCUGUAGGAUUUUAUGCAUCUAUCAUUCACCAAUGCUCAUAACGUUUAAUCAUACAACAAUAGGGCAUGUGACAUUCAGACUGACUGGUAUACCUGUCUACAACUGCUGUGGUGUGUCCUGGGGAACAAUGUAGGCCGCACCUGUAUUUCAGUCAAAAUGCAUGUUGACAACAUUCACACGCUUUAUCAACUACUGUAGUGUCUACCUCAACUCUUCAGGCUCAUUUGAUCAGUGUUCAAAGGUUCCUGGAAUAGUAGAAUCAAACCUCUAUGUUCAGUAACAUCUAAACCGUAACAAUCAGCUUCUAUAAAUAUGUUCUUGAGAUCAUUUAUGAGUGAUUUUGUGCCACGUUGACCAUUGACUCUAGUGCCUGUUGUUAAAAUGUGCCAUUACCCAAUUGAGGAGGUUACAGUGUGAAGUAGAAGGGUCACUUGUUGUCGCCUCAGUAGUUCUUCUGCCUUUUUCAGCAGCCUGUUGUUUUACUACUGGCUGAUUAUGUCUGCAAAUAGGAAUUUGGCUGUUACUUGUGCUCUGCGUUGGUGAAAAUCUGUGAUUUUACAUUCAAUUUAAAUUUCAAGUUAUUGCUACAUUUUUGUAGUGAUCCUAUUGUAAGUGCUAUUUAUUCACACAAUGCUUUAAUAUGAUUGUUGAAUUUGUAAUUUGCUUAUUGUAUUGAACUGGAAAGUUGACUUUGCACAUUCUUACAUUUUGUGGUGUUGAUUUUGCCACAAGUGAACAUUGAUGUAAUAUAUUUCUUCAAAAUAAUUAUUAUGCCAUCUUUUUCUGUAUUGUUGAUUUAGAAAUUCUUACUAUCAACAAAACAUGUGAACUAGGUGUGAUGGAAAAUAUGGUUAUCUCCCUUGAUCUAGGAUUUUAAGAAGUUGUUAUUUUAAUGCUAUUCUGAAUUGUUAUCAGAAUUGUUUUAGUGAGGAAUCCUUAAUGUGUCUUAAAUUAUCCUGUUUACUGGAGUGAAUGAAUCUACACCAAAAUAUCAGUAAGGUUUUCUUUUUUACAAUGGGCCCUACAUCCUUUAAGAUGUCAUCUGCAGUAUUGCAUAAGAGUUGUCCAUCAUUUUAACAGGACAUCUAAUAUACCCAAUAUGAGAAUUUUGAUACAUUAUUUACCGAGUGCCUCCUGAGUUUCAAAGCAGGUGCUGAUGACGGUGAGACACGCUUGCCAAUACUCUGAUCCACUAUGCAGAUGCCCCGCCCACAAGCAAUACCAGCCUGAAUACCACACCUACUUCAUCGCCAUUAUUACUCCACCGCUACACAUGUAUAGUAAAGAUUUUAAAUCUGCUGAAUCUUGUUCAUGUGGGAUACAUUGAUCUUCAUACUUUCAUUGCGGUUUCAUCUUCAUCCAUUUUGUUAUUAAUACCCAUUGUGGGACUAUGUCAUGUAAGUUGUAUUGGAUUUUACCGUCUAUGUGUAGCUUAACCUGACAGAUUUGUUGAGUUCUACUCCCAGUAUGUGUUUUAAGGUGUGUCCUCAGUAGCUGAGAGGUGCAACAUGUCAGAGCCACUAUGUCAGCAUGCCUGUUGAACCAUCAUCAGCUUACAAACUCCAUUUCAGUAAGCAGAAUAUGCUUUACAUGUAUUAAAAUGUUUUGUGCUGCUAUUGAUACAGAAUGAAGGAAUGGUAUUUUGUAAUAUUAUAAAUUUCAGUUUCUUACAUCAAUUCAAUGAUGAUUAGUGACUUGCUUUGCAACAUGUUCAUAUUUUCUACUUGGAAGAAAUCUUUUGAUCUCAUAAUGUGUAAAUAGCAAUAGCAGGUUUGAUUUGCCUGCUUUUAUGCAGAUGUGUGUUGAGCAAUGACAAUGGAAAGGCUUCCCACUGUUGGAUGUUAGUGUCUUCUGAGUGAAUCAGUUUUUUUAUACCAGCCUGAAUGUAAACAAUGAUACUAGGUGUAUGGAUCAGAGAGUAGUAUGUUUCAUAGGAGUACCAUAUAUUUAAUAUAUGUCACACUUUCACAGGAGUGAUUUCGAAUUCAUUGAAUUUUAUGUAUGCUGUUGACAUGAGAAUCAGAUAUUUUGUUCACAAGUUUAUGAAAGAUUUUUUUCUAAAAGGAAGAAUAUUUAAUAAUCUUGUAUUCAUUGAAAUCAGUGAACAUUUCAUAUCUAUUUACAGAAUAUUUAUAGCCCUUAGAUUUGAAACUUGUGAGCAAAAACUAAGCAAGUCACAUGAGUAUGUACUUUUCAUACCAAUAAUAAACUACUAUAUCUAGAUGCAAUGCAUUGUGUUUUGUUGCCUUCACAUGUUUACUACACAUCAACAAAUUUCAUUACUAUAAUUACAUUUUCAGACUGAAAGAGGGAUAUGUAAUAUUGUGGCCAUAUGAAGAAAUGAGGUGUCACCAUUGUCGGGAAUAAAUAUUGAACACUC